AUGCUGUCCAGAAGGAGUCUACUCACUGCCGCCCGCAUGGCACAGCUGCGCCGACCGCUGCAGCCCAUGCGCGGCGUGCCCCUGCCCGCCCUCAUGAACCAGGUCCGCACCUACGCCGACACCGUCGUCAAAGUCCCGCAGAUGGCCGAGUCCAUCUCCGAGGGCACCUUGAAGCAGUGGAACAAGCAGGUGGGCGACUACGUCGAGCAGGACGAGGAGAUCGCCACCAUUGAGACCGACAAGAUCGACGUCGCCGUCAACGCCCCCGAGGCUGGUACCCUGAAGGAGCUCCUCGCCAACGAGGAGGACACCGUUACCGUCGGCCAGGAGAUUGCCAAGAUCGAGGCCGGCGGCGCGCCUGCCGAGGCCCCCAAGUCCGAGUCCAAGGAGGCCCCGAAGGAGGAGUCUGCUUCCACCGAGGCCAAGCCCGCCGAGCCCAAGGAGGAGAACAAGCCGGAGCCCAAGCAAGAGUCGAAACCAGAGCCCAAGCAGGAGUCGAAACCUGCCCCGGCGCCCAAGAAGGACACUCCCCAGAAGCAGCCCUCCCAGCCCGCCAAGGAUGCCGGUCCCGUCUUGGGCAGCCGUGAGGAGCGCCGUGUCAAGAUGAACCGCAUGCGUCUGCGAAUCGCCGAGCGCCUCAAGCAGUCCCAGAACACCGCCGCCUCCCUCACCACCUUCAACGAGGUCGACAUGUCCUCCCUGAUGGAGUUCCGCAAGCUCUACAAGGAUGAGGUCCUCAAGAAGACCGGCGUCAAGCUCGGCUUCAUGAGCGCCUUCUCCCGCGCCUGUGUCCUGGCCAUGCGCGACAUCCCUGCCGUCAACGCCUCCAUCGAGGGCGAGAACGGUGGUGACACCAUCGUCUACCGCGACUACGUCGACAUCAGCGUCGCCGUCGCCACCGAGAAGGGCCUGGUGACACCUGUUGUCCGCAACGUCGAGACCAUGGACAUGGUGACGAUUGAGAAGUCCAUUGCCGAUCUGGGCAAGAAGGCCCGUGACGGCAAACUGACCAUUGAGGAUAUGGCUGGCGGUAGUUUCACCAUCAGCAACGGAGGUGUCUUCGGUUCCCUCAUGGGAACCCCGAUCAUCAACCUGCCCCAGAGCGCCGUGCUUGGCCUCCACGCCAUCAAGGACAAGCCCGUCGCCGUCAACGGCAAGAUCGAGAUCCGCCCCAUGAUGUACCUCGCCCUGACCUACGACCACCGCCUGCUCGACGGCAGGGAGGCUGUCCAGUUCUUGGUCAAGGUCAAGGAGUACAUUGAGGAUCCCAGACGUAUGCUCUUGUAA